AUGAUCGGUACCACAGCUGACGAGCCCCUCCACGUGCUCGACCUGCCCCAGAUCUACAAGAAGCCUUCUGGCACCGAGCUGCUCAAGGCUCUGGCCCUGUUGACUCUGCAGCCACGAUCAUUCGGCAUCACUGCUGAUGCCGUCAAGGGCCCCGCAGUACAGCCCGAGGGUGUGACUCGCUAUCUCACCUCCAUCAUUUCCAGUCCACUCUCAUGGCUCGACACAGAGGAGUUGCAGGAAGCAGUCUGGGACGCGGCAUCAGCCCGUCUGAGUGAACGAUCAGGCCGUACCGCCAUGCCGGCCAUGUCGCGCAUCUUCAGCAUUCCCACCUUCUCCGGCGAGGAGUACACUCUCACCUUACACGAACCCUCCCUCACAUCGGAUAACCUGGGCAUGAAGACAUGGGUAUCCUCCUACCUUCUUUCCCGCCGCUUACACAAACUGCUCGAAUCGCCAGCAGAACUCGUCCCCACAAGUUCGACCGGGCCGUCCACCCAAAAGGAUAAACAGCUUCGAGCAUUGGAGCUCGGUUCCGGGACGGGUCUUGUCGGUUUGUCCUUUGCCGCGCUGAAGGGCAAGUUAGCUACCAUCCACUUGACCGAUUUGCCCGAGAUCGUGCCCAACCUCGCCCACAACGCCUCUCUAAACGUGGAGCUUAUGAAAACAACCGAGGCAAGCGUGACAACAGGUGUUCUGGACUGGUCCGUCACGCCGAACCCUUUGCCCACUGCGGAGGAGAGAUUUGAUGUCAUUCUCGCUGCCGAUCCGCUCUACUCGCCGCUUCAUCCGAAACUGUUAGUCGAUACCAUUGGGCCGUGGCUUAGCCCGGAGUUCCGGCAGCGCAUGCUUGAUCUUGGGCUGGCGGUGGUCGAGGAGGGCGAAGAAGUCGGGUAUGAUGACUGGGAGAGUGCGAACGGCGAGGCACUGGCUGUGAAAUGCUGGUGGUCUAUCUGGGGAUGGAGCGAGAAGGUAUAA